UUUGGUUUCAACAACUGUUGAAGCACACUUUGAGCAGAACACUCAACUCAAAAAAAACAAAAAACAAAACCCCCCCAAACAAACGCUUGAAUUAUUUUUCAUGGGACUAACACAAUGGACUGGAUAAUUCAUGCUACACUGUUCUCAUCAGUGUUAAAUGCUGCACUUUGUUUCAAUAUUGAUCCCGCGGCAUGGAAGGCCCUGAAUAACUCUGCUGCUGGUUUUGGGUACCAGGUGGUUCAAAGACAAUCAGAUUUGCUCGUCAGUGCUCCCCUUGAACAGUAUUCACAAAAUGGAAGAGGGAAAGUAUAUAGCUGCACCACAUCUUCCCCAAACUGCCAAAAUAUCCAAAUUGAAGCACCAGAUUUUGCAGUAAACAUUUCUCUUGGUCUGACAAUGAAAAGUGAUCCCACGACACAAAACACUGUGGUGUGUGGUCCAACCAUUCCAAAGGACUGCAAAAGUAUCACCAUGUACAAUGGUGUGUGCUUUCACAUGGACCGAUCUAAUACAUUUGGAUUGCCCAUACCUUCUUCUCCAGACGUGUGCCCGACACAAGUAGACAUUGCUUUUCUGUUGGAUGGUUCAGGCAGCGUAUCUAUCUCUGAUUUUCAAACAAUGACAAAGUUUGUGGAAGAUCUAAUCAAGUCAUUUCUGUCAGUUGAUGCACAGUUUUCUGUUUCCCAGUUCUCCUCGUUACCUCAGGUUCAUUUUUAUUUCAAGAAAUUUUCCUCAUCUGGAUCACUGAAGACUGAAAUCGAUGGAAUCAAACAGCUGGGGGGAUCUACUCAUACAGCUAAGGCCAUCAGACAUGUUGUAAACAACGUUUUCACACCACAAAGAGGUUCCAGACCAGAUGUGAAGAAAGUCUUGAUAGUAAUAACUGAUGGACAAUCUAAUGACCGGUAUGACCUAGGAAAUGCAGCACAGCUAGCAGGAAAUCAAAACAUUGUUCGAUUUGCGAUUGGGGUGGGGAAUGCAUUUAUUCAGCCUGAAGCAAAAAAAGAACUGCGCACCAUUGCAUCGUCUCCCUCAGACAAUCACGUGUUUCAAGUGCAGAACUUCAACGCACUUGAAAUAAUCCGGCAGAGUUUGCAGGACAAAAUUUUUUCCAUUGAAGGAUCUCAAACCGGUGGAGUCUCACUGAAAAUGGAAAUGUCUCAAGAGGGAUUCAGUGCAGUUAUUGUGCCCGAGGGAAUUCAGAUGUCUAUUGUUGGUGCAAACCAGUGGAGGGGAGGCUACGUGCAAUACACAACAGGAGGCCAGAAGCUGAAAACAUAUGAGGAUGUGUCUUUGGAGCCUGACAGUUAUCUUGGUUACUCCAUGGCAACUGCUGAAACCCAAAGUGGUUCCCUGACAAUUGUUGGUGCUCCAAGAUAUAAACACAGAGGAGUUGUGGUCGCUGUUAACAGAGAAAGCUUAGAAAACCAAAAAAUAGAGCCCUUGGUAUCACAGUAUCAGACUGGUGAAUAUUUUGGGGCAGAGGUGUGUACCAUGGACAUAAAUAAUGAUGACAUCACUGAUCUAAUCUUCAUAUCAGCCCCAAUGUACAUGGAGCCUGAUAGAGAGGGAAGAGUUUAUGUUUGCAGAUUAACUGGUUUGUUUGUGGAGUGUAAUUUUGAUGAUCCGUUAGUACUAAGAGGACAUGCAGCUGUCAAAGGAAGGUUCGGCUCUUCUCUUGCUGUACUGCCUGAUCUAAACUCAGAUGGAUUCAGGGAUUUGGCAGUUGGAGCACCUUUGGAGAAUAAUGGUGAAGGCAGCAUCUACAUAUUCCAGAGUGAAGGAGGAGGAAGAAUCAGUCCUACUUACUCACAGAGAAUUAUUGGCUCUCAGGUCCAGUCAGGACUGAAGUUCUUUGGCCUGUCAAUCAGUCAGUCGUCUUUUGACCAGAGUGGUGAUGAACUUCCUGACUUAGCGGUGGGUUCAAAGGGUAAAGUUGUUUUACUGAGAUCAAGACCCAUAGUAAUGGUUAAAGCUGAGGUGUCAUUCAGCCCAAUCCAAAUCCCUACUCAGAAUGUAAUCUGCUCAAAACCAUUGGAGAACACAGCUGAAAUUUGCUUUACCAUGAGCAGAGUGUCUACAGUCAACACAGCUCAAGCAAGGAUUAAUUACACUUUAACACUGGAUGCCACUCGCAAACCUCCAAGCAACCGAGCAUAUGUUGGUGGGAAACGAGAGCAGUCAGGAUCACUUACUGUGGACUUACUAAGAAAAAAUUGCUCAACUGUGAAGUUCCUUGUUGAGGCCUGUCCAGAAGAUGCUCUCAAUUCACUUUCCAAUGAGCUCAAAUUCAAGUUUGAUGGUUUGCCCUCAAACAGAAAUCUCAGACCAAGCCUUGCCCAGCAGGCUCAAACAGCAACCAUUUAUCCUUUACGGUUUGAGAUCAAUUGUGGAACUGACAACAAAUGUGUUGAUAACCUGGAAGUGGAUUUCAAUUUCACCAGAUCCUCAGAGGUUAAAGUGGGCAUUGAUGAGCUUUUGAAUGUCACAAUCUCAGUGGAGAACAGAGGGGAAAACUCCUACAACAGCCGUGUUAUUCUCACGUACCCAGCUGGACUCUCCUACAGGAAGUUCACCAUUCAGCAGGGAAGAAUUGAGUGCAAGUCCUUGGACAGUGAAGAUGGUUUAUCCCGUGGAAGGACAGACUGUACUAUUGACAAGCCAAUUUUCAAGAGCAAAACUAAGGCUUUCUUCAUUGUCUCAUAUGGUAUCGAAACAAACACUCAACUAGAGAGGAAGAUCUUUAUCACUGCUAAUGCCACCAGUGGAAAUCAGGAGAACGCUAUUACAAGUGAAAUCUACAAAAAGAAAUGGAUUGAUGUGAAAUACAGCAUUUUCAUGACAUUUGAAAACUCCCUCAGCUACAGCAAUUUCACUUUUGGGAUGAAUAAUUUGCAGAUACCAGUCCAACAAUUAAUCAAGGUAACAAAUGAUAUCAGAGCGCUUAAUUUCACUGUGGUGAUCAAGGUUCCAGUGAAGCUUGGUGAAAAAGAGAUUUGGGUGAAUUUGAGCAGCCUACAGAUUGCAGACUGUCAGAGAGGAAACGAUGAAGAACCAAGUGUCAAAGAUUUUGUUCCAAAGAUACAAAAGGAUAAAGUGGUGGACUGCUCUGUAGCCAUGUGCACAGUGUUCAAGUGCAACACAUUCAUGGGAAGACUGCAGAGCAGGACAUACGAAAUAUCUGCUAACCUCAGUUCAGGAUGGAUAGAGCAGAUUGGACUUCAAUCUGCCAAAUUCCUCUUGACCAGUACAGCCACUGUGGAGUAUGACCAAAGCCAAUACAUCUACUUUUCAACGGUGUCUAACAACAACCCUCCUGUUCGCAAGAUUAUAGUCGAGGUAGAAGUAUAUCCGCAGCCAAAUUUCACCAAAGAGAUUAUAGGAGGAUCCCUGGGAGGGUUGGCUUUUCUGGCUUUACUCACUGCUGGCCUGUAUAAGGCUGGGUUUUUCAAGAGUAAAUAUUCACAGAUGAUGAAUGAAAAUGCAGAGACCGAUCAGGAACCGGGGACUGAUGGAAAUGAAUCCCAAACAGAAUAACAAAUCUCAUAUUUGUUGUUGUACAUUUACUGUAAACUUAAAACCAAAAUUAAACAAGUAAGGAAAUUUGUGUUUGGUUGAUUAUCCCUUUGUUGUAACAGUUCUUCUUGGUAAAAAAUCUUAUAGUGUGGGAAAGCAUUUUUAUAGCUGGAACGGUCUGCUGGUGUCUGCUCCAAGCAUCCCACAUUUGACUGAUCUGGAUAGAGCUUUAGUGCUUUAGGGCAACCUCAAACUAGUUUUCCGCAUAACUAAGCUACUGCAAUAUUUUGAGUGAGCCCUAGUACCAUCUCCAAAUUGAAGGCCAAGUUCCACAUAGUGGGGGAUGUCAGAGACUGGCUGCAAAGAAGAAAACAUCACAAGAAGACAGUUUUCUCGCCCUGCCAGCACUUAGGAACUGUAGACAGUCAUCUACACCUCUGCAGUCAAGGUUUGCAGGACAAUAUGGUCAGUGGCUCCCGACACAGACAGUCUGGAAGGGACUGCACACAGCUGGUCUCAUGGGGCUACCAGGAGGCCUACCAUGCCUGCCCUUAACUAUCAGCCCUGUUUGCACUGGUAUCUGCAAGAUGUGUACUGGAACCAAAAUAUGUGGAGGAACGUAGUAUUCAGCAAUGAGUCCAAAUUCUGCCUACACCAGUUGGAUCUUAGGAUUAAAGUAUGGAAAAGAUUUGGACAAUGCUAUGAGAACUCUGUGCUGAUUGCUGGUGGAGGCAGUGUGAUAGCGUGGUGCAGCAUCUCCCUCACUGGAAAAAAACAGUGCUUGUCAUCACUGGAGGCCAUUUCAGUGCAGAGAAAUAUCAAGAUGAGAUUCUGCAACCAGUGGCAGUCCCAUAUCUCCAAAGACUAGACCAAACUCUAGCCUCAAGAAGACAAUCCUAACCCCUACAGAGUGGGUACUUUCAACAUUUGGGGAGGGGAAAGGAUGUAAUGGCCUGGCUGCAGUCUAGACCUCAACCCCAGUGAACACUUGUGAGAUUUGCAUGGGAGUCCUGUUCGUGCCAGAGUGACCAACACAACCAUACUGGCUGACUUGCAACAAGUGCUGGUUAAAGAAUGGGACGGCGCAGCAGUGUGUGACCAACCUGGUGAGCACGAUUUGGCAAAUUUUUCAUCGGCGCAACCCACAUACUCAACUCAAUUCUACAAACGGCACAAAUGGCACUAUUUCUGAGGAAAUAAACUGGCUUUUCAAUGGUAUAAGAUUUAUUACCAAAAAGCAUUUUUAAAACACUAAUUUCCAUACUUUGUUGUGUUAAGUAUAUAUGAAAGACCCUCCUGAUAUUUUAAGGAAUGAAUAUGGUGUGCAGCAGUGUCCAUGCUACCACAUUUGAUCUUUAAGCAAACAAAAGAUCACUCAUUCCCUAUAACCUAUAACUUCUUCAAGACUUAAUAAUUGUUGAAAUUAAACCAUCUGAGCAGACACCGGAAAAUAAGGCAUUACAAGCAGACACAAAGUUUGGAUACUCAAAUAAAAUGGACAAUAUUAAAUGUAGUGAACCUACCUGAGCAGAUGGAGUGAGUUUUGGCAAAGUCCUGUCAUGCAUUAUGGUAGGAAGUGUCUUUUCCAAGUGAUGUUUUUUGAAGAAUCUUACUGCUCAAUUAAAGUUUCCAUGUUUGAAUGUAUGCAAACAAAUAUGUUAAUAAUGUAAACUGUAUUUAAUGGUUCCAUUCAAUUCAGUUUUAUUUAUGUAGCACCAAGUCACAACAACAGUUGCUGAUUUAGAUCAGGGUGCUCUAUAUUGUAAAGUUAAUAAAAAACCUUCCAUGCCAUCAUGUAGACUACUGCAAAAUGUAUGAAAAUCAACAUAUAUGCUAAAAAAAGCUAUUUUUGUUAAACUGUAGAAAGUGACUUGAUUCAUUCAUGCUGCUUUAGGUCAUGCAGCCUGGGUCGUUGGCCCAUUGUCUUUGUGUUUUUGGACUUUUGGACCUUGUUGACCUUUAUUUCAUAUUAUUUAGUUUCCUUGUGCUUCCUAGUUUUAUCAUUUGAAUUUCUAGUUCUUAGUUACUUGUUCAUUUAGUCUGUUCCCUUUUUGUGUCUGUCACUGUGUGUCCUCCCCAGCAUCUCCUGUGUUAGUUAUUUGGGCCUCCCUGUGAAGUAUAUCCUGUCUCUAUGUUUAGUUGUCUGUUUCCCCAGUCAUAUCUCUGUGUGUCUGUCAGGUUUCUCUCGCCCUCUCUGUCCCUCGCCCUCUGUCUGUUUCCUGUUUUAUCGUGAUAAUCUCUUGUCUCAUGUUUAGUUGUGUUAGCUUUUCUUGUUGUUUUGAGUUUGUUCUCGAGCUUCAGCAGUGAAGCUGUUUGAGUUCAGUUAGUCUGUGUCUGCAUAUUGGAGCCUCUCUCUGCCUGCCACACACCUUCACAUGACAGUUUGGUGAAAAGAUGUGUAUUUUUUCAGCUUUCUGUUGUGAAUUCGUAACAAAAAAAAAGAAUUUUUUUGCUUCAAUGUUUAUUAUUUGCAGUACUGUAUGUGAGCAGAAUUAUAUGCCAUUUUUUCGUAUAUGAUAUUAUUUCCCUUUUAAAAAGAAUAAAAACACAAUGAUAAGAUGA